GUUUGAGAGUAAAGCGAUCAUGGGUUCUUCUUCUAGAAAUCUUUAUGCAGGAAUUGGAGAAGGUUAAUCAACCUCUAGGCCACCGCUUUUUGAUGGCACCAACUACACAUAUUGGAAAGAACGGAUGAGAAUUUAUAUCCGCUCAACCAACUUUCAGUUGUGGUUGGUCAUCAAGAAUGGCGAGGAAAUUCCAACGAAGAAGGUUGGUGAAAAACUCGUCCCAAAGACCGAGGACGAAUUUGAUGCCGAGGAUAUCAAAAAGGUGGAGAACUACGCCAAGGCAAUCAACAUGCUGUACUGUGCAGUCAAUCCUGAUGAUUAUCGCAAGAUCUCUUGCUGCACCACUGCGAAAGAAAUGUGGGACAAGCUGGAGGUCACAUAUGAAGGUACGGACCAAGUUCGGGAAGCCAAAAUUGACUUCCUAACGCAGGAGUGCGAGAUGUUCAGGAUGAAGGAAGGCGAAAAGAUCGACGAUAUAUCGAAGGUUGACGCAAUCUACGAAUCCAUCGGAGUUUCCAACGUCACCAUCGACGGGUUAAGAGGUAACCUCAAAACUUAUGAAUCCACUGUUCUAACCCCGUCUUUGGAUGAACAAAAGAAGAAGGGUAUUGCACUGAAAGCAACCAAGGAAACCGUGGAAGUAGACUCAAGCGAUGAUGACAACGAGUUCGGACUCGUCAUCAAGAAAUUCCACAAAUUUAUGAAGAAGGAAUUUGAGCGCAAAGGAAGAAAGCACGACGGUCCCCCGAAGUGCUAUGGCUGUGGCGAGAUAGGCCACAUCAAGCCGAGGUGUCCAAAAGGCAAAAGCGGCAAGGACAAACCUGGCUUCAAAAAGCAACGAGCCUAUAUCUCAUGGGGUGGCGACUCCGGUGACGAGUCAACUGAUCAAGAAGAGGAGGAAGCCGCCAACCUCUGCCUCAUGGCGCACGAAGAUCAAACCGACGACGUUCAAGAGGAUGUAUUGUUCCAAGGGGCAGCCGCAGAACAUCUACGCUACAAAGCUUGGUGGUCAUUCCCUACUUUUCGUUUGUAAUAUUCUUAAAAUAAAUUUGUUAUUAUCAA